AAUACUUAAAUCCAUAGCGUUAGGAACGUAAAGAUAGGAUAAUCUCUAUGGUUGGCACUGAUGGUUAAGAGCAGUGAAAACGUCACUGACCAGUGUGAAAACGUACAACGACAACAUACAACAACAGCCACAGCAACAACAAUACGACUUCUACAAUUCACCUCAGCAAAUUCAAAAGCUUGAUUCGUUGCGUUCGAUUUGGAGGGAAUUUUAAUAUGAAGAAAAGAAAAACGUAGUUACCAAAGAAGCAAGUGCAUUAUGGACGAAAUCAGCAGUUUAUCAGACGCUGAGCUGUGUGCCAAACUAAAGGAGUGUGGUUUCAAGGGUGGUGCAAUUACAAAAGCAACAAGAAAACUAUUUGAAAAGCGACUUCGCAAACAUUUUACAAAGAACGAGCCAGCUGAAAACCCAACCCCACCUGAAGAUCAGAAUAUCAGUUUUAAAGAAGUAAAGAGUCCUUUGUCACAUAGUGUAUCACCACAGUCAAGCAAAGAAGAAAGUGAAAACGACAUUGAUGUUGUUUAUUAUGCUGUAUGUACUCCUAAAGACAAGGAAACCACUCAUAAAGACUUAGUAUUUACAUCUCUUAAGGAUGCUUCUUCUGCAAUGAAAGGUUUAAGACAAGCCCGUCUUCGCAAGUUCAGUUGCAAAGAAGCAGCAGUCAAUUUUACAAAGUGUGAUAAUUUAGAGUUUUCUAAACUCAAUGGAGAUGUCAAACCAGGUGAAUCAAAAAUUGAAUACAAGAGCCCAAAACCUCAAGAGCUGGUGGUAUUCAGAAAUGCAGUUGAAUGUGGAAAAUUAGAACAAGUGCAGAGUUUUAUUGAUGAGAACCCAACAUAUCUUGUUUCCACAAUUGAAGUCCCUGUUAUUCUACAGGAAGGCUGCCGCUACAAUGCAUUACAUGUAGCUGCUAAGGCCAAUCAGUUAGAGAUGUUUAAGCUCAUUUUGCAGAAUGUGCAGGACCCUGAAUUAUGGAAAAAACUAUUUCCAAAUGAAACAAGCCUAGAAGCACUGGAUGCUAAAUGUGAAAGAAUGGUCGACUAUUAUCUCAACACAUCCGACAAAGGGGCUGGAGAUACACCCUUACAUAUGGCAUGUAGGUUUGGAUAUGCUGACAUUGUCAGGUAUAUUGUUUCUCUACCUUGUGUGGAUAGAUACAAGAAGAAUAGAUUUGAAGAAGCACCAGACCAGGUUAUUUGUUCACGUUGCUCUGGAAAUGAAAGCCAGAAAAAGAAGGAAAUAGAGGAUCUUUUAUCAACAAAAUUUUAUAUCACUUUACUGAGAACAGAAGAUGACACUAGGGAUCCUAUUAUCUGUGCACCAGUAUCCUCAUCUAUGGAAGCUGUAAAAAAACACAACCUGAAUUCGUCCUCCAGUCCGCUUGACUCAACAAUGAAGGUUGGCGCAUUUGCUGGACCAAUGACUAAAAAUAAGGCCAAUGUGUUCUUUGAAGAGUGGAAAUGUAAAGAGUGGAAGUCGCCUAACAGGAGCAUUUUUGCCAAGGAUUUCGAAAAAGGAAAAGAGAGGGUUGGGCGGGAUCUCUCUAAGAAGCAUGGCGUGGCUUGGACCGAGUAUUGGCCUUUUCUGCAAAGCUUUGCUAAUUUAUCUUCACCGGCAGGUCUCCAGAAACUUGAAAAUUAUUUUAAGAAUUGCAUUCAGUUGAAAAGGCAUACAGUGCCAAAGAGGAUUCCAGUAUCAGAAUCUUCUUUGAGGAAACGAUCACUGCUGAAUCGAAGUUUAGAGAGCACUACAGACCAUGAUUUAUUUGCGAGAAGCUUGCUUGAUGACUUUAACCAGGAAGUUGGCAACAAGGAGAGUCUUUUGUCAGAUUCCAUGGAAGUUGAGCUUCAAGAGCCCAGAGUGCCCAUAUCAGAAAAAGCUGAAAUUUCCUUGAACGUGAAUGAACUUACAGAUUCGAUUUCUAAUCUUUCGAUGAGUGAUAGGGACUCCACUGACAUCAAAGAUAGUUCUACGAUCAUGACUUAUAAUGCAAAUAGAGGUGAAUUUUGUCAAAGCUUGGAUAGCUUAUCUCCACCUUUAAUAUUGACAGACUCGCCUGAUCAGCAUUCGAUUAUACCUAACAUAGAAGUUAGCUCAAAAAAGCCUGAGAUAGGAUCUUCUUUCAUGGAAGAGAGUGAAAUUUGCAAAAACUUUUUUAUAGCAGGCCCAUAUCCUUCAAAACUGGACUUUGACGUGUUUCAAGCUCUGGACGGUGUUGAAUAUAACCAUAAAGAUUUCCCAUACCUGCACAAAUGGAUGGAAAAUGUCCGGACGUAUCCGGACGAUAAGCAGCUCAGUUGGCCCAGUCCUUGUUCACCAAGAUAUCGAUCCAGGUUGGCUUCAGGAAAUCAAUAAAGUUUUAGACUUAAUUAAUAGUCUGGCGAUAAAGGCUGAAAUUUUGUAUAAUUACGGAAUAGAGAACAUUUAAAUACAAAAGGCAUCCCACAUUUCCCAGUACAAAGACAUCAACUUUUCAUUAUUAUGGUUAGAGAGAAAAAGCAUAUCUUCUUAAACACUUUUUCGUCAAAUUUUUUGGAAUUUUUUUCAAUACAUCUUCAUUGAAAUUUUAUCUUUUGCUUACUCAACCCAUAUAAGACCCUAUCCUCUAGAUUUUUAUAACGCUUGUUUAAUUCCUUUGGCCUAGAGAAACUUCAAUUAUCAUUUACGAUGUCACCGUGCGUUUUUUACAUGAAUAAUGCUCUUCAUAUGGCUUUUAUACGUAGUUAAACUGUACUUUUAUAAGUCGUGAACUAAAAGUUUUACAAUUUUAUCUUCUUAUUCAAAUAUAGCAUGUUAUCAUUUCAUUUCUUGUUGGUUGAAUGUUAUUUUCCAAUUACAAACCUCUGAAAUAUCCAUAAUUAUCAAAGAGGAAUAGAGUCAAUCAAGCCUCGCUUAUUUGAUUGGUGUGACACUAAUUUAUGGCCGCGAUUUGCUGGAUAUCUGCUUUCAAACACUGUUCUUUAUUUAUAAAUAAGAAUUUUUUGGUGGUACAAAACUUGAAAAAGGCUUUGAAAAAAGCAAACAUUUAGUAAACUCAAGCUUUUCGUCUGACACUCUUCAGAGUUUAAAACGUCAGAACAUAGAUCGAAAACUCUACGCUUUUUUCAAUUAAUUAAUGUUUGCUUUUUUCAAAGCCAUUUUCAAAUAAGAAUUUGUUUUUGGCUCCUUUAUGUAAUUUGCUAUGUUGCAUGUUACUCCUAUGCAUAAAAGUAAAUAAGCGUAUUAUUGUAUGUUAUUGGUAUUUUGAAACACCUUGCCUUUGAUAUGCUGUUAUUUAUUUGUGAACUGUCUUCCCAGCAAAUGUACGAAAGAAUGGUUUGCUUUAAGCCAUGAAGUUUAAGUAGAGACCUGGAAAUCCAAUUUAAUCGCUCUUUACGCGUCUAUUAUAGUAGAUUAUGAGUAUCUAAAUGAAGAACUUGUGUUACAAAGGCAGAUUGUUCGCAAAACAAAAUAAUAAUAGUUAUCGAAAAUCUUUUUGUGUGGCCUCUUUCAAUGCGAUUAAAAAUGUUUUUGAAAACGUUUUGUGACUUUUAUUUAUAUUCCCGUGCAAAAAUAUCUGCUUCUUCUGGUAUGAACUUUUCUUGGCAUCUUGGAGUAUGUUUAAUGACACUUUACUAUAAAAAGUAGACCAUUUUUGAAAUCUAAUUGUAUGACUUUAUAAAACAUAAUUAAAGAAGCCUUUUGCAAAAUUCAUUUAGAAUGAUCAUAUACAUACUGUAUGACUCAGAGUGGGCGUACUACGUUGGAUACAUUGCCGAAUGUGAGGAACAUCUCAUCUCCUUCUCUGAUCUGCUUGUUUUAUCCAUUCCAACAGUAACAGAUAUCAUAUUUUACUGGCUGUUCGUGUAUUUCAUGUAAAACGGACAUUUCAGACU